AUGAUUUACGCUAUUGACAAAUUGAUUAACGAUAAUCCAAAUCUGCUGCCUGGUAUUCAUGUUGGUUGGACAUUAAUGGAUUCUUGCUCAUCACGAGAAUUAGCUAUUACUGCUCUUACAGCCAAUGUCUUCUUGUCAGAACCAGAAGAAUUUCCGGAAUUGGAAUGUGAAAUUAAUAUUGACAACUUAAAUAAAACACAAAUUACCAUUAUGGAUGGCCUUAACGCCAAUAAAACUAAUCAUCCGCCAACAUUUGGAAUUUUAGCAGAGAAGUCGGAAUUUGUUACUUUAUCUACUGCAUCAUUUACAAGUAGCCUCCGGCUCCCUCAAAUUAGUUAUUUUUCUUUUAGUUCACUUUUAACGAAUCGAAAAUUUUAUCCCUAUUUCUACCGUACUUCUCCUCCACAUCAUGCUCAAGUUGAUGCUUUAAUGGAUAUUGCCACUAAGUUUAAUUGGAAUUGGGGCUCAGUGGUGGUUGCCGGUAGUGAA